AUGGGGUACUCAAGUUCUUUCAUGAUCAUUUACACUCUCCUUCUUGCUGUGGUGCUCAAUGUGGCAAAUGGACAGCCUCUAGUCCCUGCAUUGUUCGUAUUUGGGGACUCCGUUGUUGAUGUUGGCAACAACAACCACCUACUUACUGUUGUGAAAGCAAACUUCCCUCCUUAUGGAAGAGACUUUGAGAAUCACAAUCCAACCGGAAGGUUCGGCAAUGGAAAGCUUACAGUAGACUUCGCAGCUCAGGCCCUUGGAUUCACCUCUUACCCACCAGCUUACCUCAACUUAAACAUCAAAGGAAAUAACCUCCUCAAUGGUGCCAACUUUGCCUCAGCUGGUUCUGGUUACUCUGAUCUUACAUCCAAACUAUAUGUAAGUAAAUACCUUACAUGUACAGUCUUGCCUUGCAUGUAA